CCCUUCCAAGGCUGUGAUUAUAGGACUCUCCAGAAAUCAAACGUCAAGACGCAUCUUCGUACACAGUAAGUAUUUGAGUUGUACUUUUUAGCAUACGGGUUGCUAAUCUACCUUGUCUAAUAGCACUGGCGACAAGUCGCAGAAGUGUCCUACGGAGGACUGCACCUUUGCUACAACUGACCCGGGCUCAUUGACUCGGCACAGGAAGAGAGCUCAUGGCUACAAGCCCAAGCCAUACAGCAUCCCCCCGAGAAACGAGGUCAAUCAGUUCCUUCCCAACACCCCACACCCUACUAUCGCUGCAUUACCCACCGAUGACCUGUACUCGAUGACCCCAACCUCGUCGAUGACUCCUUCCUCUGAAGUUAUCGACCUCACAGACUGCGACUUCACCAAUUACAUGUUCCCCUCGUCGUCGCCAUCGAGCUUGGACUCCUGGCCGAGCAGCUCUAGUGCGAGUACUUCCCAGUUGGAUGCAUUUGCAUGGGAAAAAGAAUUGUUGUCUUUUCCCUCCCAAUCUACUGGUGACUUCUCCCAGUUGUUCGAGCAGCCUCAAGAGCUUUUUCCUUGCUCUCCCCCGAAGCAAGUCUUGCCUGCCGUCGGAGCAGGUGCCAUGGACGAGUCGGACCAGUUAUGGUGCUCCGGCUUUCCAGUCUCGAAUAGCUACUCUGUAGACGCCAACUUCGGUUCAUCGUCCAACGUGUUCGCCACGCUUCCUCCAUUGUCUUCUGAUGGUCAGUGGCCUACCACAUGGUCUCUAUCGAACCUGGAUGCGUCCUUUGCCCCCAACUCUUCUACCCAGUCUUCCCUUCCUCUCAACUGGGAGGAUAUGAUGGGCAUCGCUAGUUCAUGCGGAUCGCCUACGGAGACGCCCAGUCCUAUGUCAUCGAGUCCUCAGUCUAUCUCUGAUUUCAAUUUGGGUGGAUCGAUGGACCAGUUUACGAUAGAUUCCUUCCUUAGCGGGUGUUUCGCAUAGCUUCGAGGUGCUUCGAGAAUGAUCUGUAGAUUUCCACAGCAUUAGCAUUUUAUUUGUUUAUUUAUUAGCUUGGACUUCAUUUAUUUCUUGGAUCUGUACAAUUGCUAGAUAUUUCACGACAUUAGCAUUUUCUCUGUUCAUUUAUUAGUUUAGUCUUCAUUUGUU